UUUCCAUCCUUCUCUGCCUCUGGUUCUGCCUCCUAUAUAUUUCCCCGGUUUUCCUGUUUUUUCAUUCACUCAUUUUCAAUUUCACUUUCUCCUUCUCUACUUUUGCUUGCAUUGCCAACCAUUAACCAGAACCACCAACCCCUCCGCCAUGGAAGCUCCGUCGUCCAUCCCUCACUUGGCCAUUUUACCAAGCCCCGGAAUGGGCCAUCUGAUUCCUCUCAUCGAAUUCGCCAAGCGCCUCCUCUCCCACCACCGUUUAACUUUCACUUUCAUAAUCCCUUCCGAUGGUCCCCCGUCUCAGCCUCAACGAGCCCUCCUCAGUUCCCUCCCCUCCGGCAUUCAUCACCUCUUCCUUCCCCCCGUCAGCUUCGACGAUCUCCCCGCCGCCUCCAAAAUUGAAACCAUCAUCACUCUCACCAUUUCUCGCUCUCUCCCAUCCCUUCGAAACGUAUUCAAAUCCAUGCUCUCUCACUCCAACCUCGUCGGCUUGGUCGUCGAUCUUUUUGGCACCGAUGCCUUCGAUUUAGCCAGAGAAUUCAAUAUUUCCUCUUACAUGUUCUUCCCCUCCACCGCCAUGCUUCUCUCCUUUGCUCUGUUUUUACCCAAACUCGAUCAAUCCGUCGUCGGCGAGUUCCGCGACCUCCCCGACCCAAUCAAGAUCCCGGGAUGUAUUCCGAUUCAAGGCAAAGAUUUAUUGGACCCAGUUCAAGAUCGGAAGAACGAAGCCUAUAAGUGGACGCUUCAUAACGCGAAGAGGUAUGCUUUAGCAGAUGGGAUUUUUCUCAACAGCUUCCCGGAAUUGGAGCCCGGAGCUAUAAAUUAUCUGCGGAAGGAGGAAGCAGGGAAGCCCCCCGUUUACCCAAUUGGGCCAUUGGUGAAAAUCGACGCAAAUGAGAAUGAAGAAAGGGCAGAGUGUUUGAAAUGGCUAGACGAACAACCACAUGGGUCUGUUCUGUUUGUGUCAUUUGGAAGCGGGGGAACUCUGUCGAGCGAUCAAAUCGACGAAUUGGCGUUGGGAUUGGAGAUGAGUAGACAAAGAUUCAUAUGGGUGGUUAGAAGUCCUUCCGAUAAGAUCGCAAACGCCACCUAUUUCAGCGUCCACAGUCAGAGUGAUCCAUUGGAUUUUUUACCGGAAGGGUUUGUAGAAAGGACGAAGAAGAGGGGACUGGUGGUGCCGUCGUGGGCGCCACAGGCUCAAAUUCUGAGCCACAGCUCGACGGGUGGGUUUUUAACGCACUGUGGAUGGAAUUCAACAUUAGAGAGUGUGGUAAAUGGGAUUCCUCUGAUUGCUUGGCCGCUGUACGCAGAACAGAGAAUGAACGCUGUGAUGUUAACAGAGGAGAUUAAAGUGGCGUUAAGGCCAAAAAUGAAUGAGAAAAAGGGGAUAGUGGAGAAGGAAGAGAUAUCGAAAGUGGUGAAAUCGGUGUUAGAAGGAGAGGAAGGGAAGAAACUGCGUCGGAAAAUGAAGGAAUUGAAAGAAGCUGCAGAAAGAGCGGUUGGAGAAGAUGGAUCGUCUAGUAAGAUAGUGAGUGGUUUGGUGAACAAGUGGAAAGCCAACAUUUCCAGUUAGAAAUUAGAAAAUACUCUUUUUAAAUUUAAUCCUCUGCCGCAGUGAAUUUUAUUCCCAAUUUUACUGUUAAUUUGUGUAUUUGUACAAAACAAAAGCACUUGUUUGUUUUGCCUCCUCGAUAAUAAAAGCAUUCCUUGAUUUCUAAAA